ACCAUGAAUUAUACAAUGGAAAAGCGUCUCUCAAAGAUACCAGGAAAUCAUGGAAUCACAUACGCGACUUUCGUCCUCGUCGACGAGGGGCAUACCCUAGGAAAUGCACUAUCUAGCGUGAUAAAUGAAUAUCCUGGCAUAAAAAUAUGCGCUUACACUGUACCUCAUCCGGCAGAAAACAAGAUACAUUUUAAUAUUCAAACAACUGGUGAAAAUGCAAUUGAAGUGUUGAAACGGGGCCUCCAGGAUCUUGAGAAAAUAUGUGAUCAUACAAUUGAAACAUUUGACAAAGCAUAUAAGAAGUACAAAUCCUCAAAUGAUGUUCCUACAGAACAUAUUACUACGUAACAUCGUCAUUUUUCCUCAGACUCGUAUAUUAUAUUAGUAGAUAUAAGUUUUUUAAUUAAAUAAAAAUAUACUAUUAAAAUUGUAUAUAUUACUAAGAUAGAUAUAGUCGACUAUUUUUUUAAUGAAAUUGUAUAGGAUAUAUACACAGGUUUAGAUAUCGUAAUUAAAUAAAUUGAUAAA